CUUGAUACAAACAAUUAUUCACAGACAGCAGCAGACUCUCUAAAAUGAAGCUUGUCUGCGUUGCUUCUGGGUUAAUAUGUUUAUUUUUAAUAACUUUUACAUCCACAAUCCCAUCAGGUGUCGCAGUCGAAGAUGAUUCAGCAGCAUGCAAUUCAUCGGUGGCCGACAUCCUUUUCAUUCUGGACUCGUCCGGAAGUGUGUCAAAUCUCGACUUUAAUAAAAUGAUUACUUUCGUCAAAGAAAUGGUAAAAGGUUUUGAUAUCGGCAAAGAUAAAAUCCGUGUUGCAGUUAGUUUAUUUGCUGGAACCGGCGUUGAAAAAUUCCAUCUCAACAAAUAUUCCGACAAAAAUGCUUUACUCUCAGCCAUAGGAGCCAUUCAAAGAAUUUCGGGCAACACCAAUACAGCCGAUGCUCUUACAAGAGCGCGCACUAUCACUUUCACGGCUGGUAACGGGGAUAGACCAAGAGUUCCCAAUAUCGCAAUUGUCAUCACUGAUGGCAACUCUAACAAUGCCCAAUUGACAGUGAAGGCAGCCAAUAGCCUGAAGGCAACUCAAGCUGUUGUAUUCUCCAUCGGUGUUGGAACUAACAUACGGCAAAGUGAAUUACAGGCGAUUGCCACAGGACCAGGUACAAGUCAUGUCUUUACGGUUACCAACUUUGCGGCCCUCAACACCAUCAAAAAGGAACUCGCUACAAAGACAUGUGAAGCUCAGAAAAUUAUUCCAACAAUUAUUCCGACAGAUGCACCAGAUUGUAAUGUAUCAAUGGCUGACAUUCUCUUCAUUCUGGAUUCAUCCGGAAGUGUAGCAAAUCCUGACUUUCUUAGAAUGAUUACUUUUGUUAAAGAAAUGGUAAAAGGUUUCGAUAUUGGCAAUAGUACGGUGCGAGUUGCAGUUAGUAUAUUUUCUGGAGGUACCGUUGAAAAAUUUCAUCUCGACAAAUAUUUCGACAAGGCCGCCUUACUGAAAGCUAUAGGACAAAUCUCGCGAGUUACUGGCUCCACAAACACUGCAAAUGCUCUAACUCGUGCUAGAACAAUCAGCUUUCAACCCCCUCAUGGUGAUCGAAGUGGGGCUCCUAACAUUGCCAUUGUUAUUACAGACGGAAAUUCUGACAAUCCGAUUCAAACCACCGAUGCUGCGUUACAGUUGAAGAAUACAGGCACUGCAGUGUUCUCAAUUGGUGUUGGAUCAAAUGUACACCAAUCAGAACUUGAAUCUAUAGCCUCAGAUAAAUCUCAUAUCUUCACAGUGACUAACUUUAAGGCUCUAGAAAACAUCAAGAAAAACCUGGCCAUAAAAACUUGUGAAGCCCAGAUUAUUCCAACGGAACCAGCAAUAACAUGCAACCAAUCCAUGGCAGAUAUUGUAUUCCUCCUUGAUUCAUCAGGAAGUGUUGGAGCUUCCAAUUUCCAGAAGAUGCUUCAGUUUGUAAAGAAUAUGGUAAACGGUUUUGAUGUCGGUAAAGACACUGUAAGAAUUGGCGUAUCAUCUUUUUCAAACCAACCAGUCCAGCAUUUUGCCUUGAAUACCUAUUUCAACCGAAGUCUAAUUAUAGAUGCUAUCAGCAAACUCCCCUAUUACCAAGGUAGUACAAAUACAGCAUCUGCUAUCAGCUUGCUCCGGAGUAGUGUUUUCACGGCUGCCUCAGGGGACCGUCCUACUGCACCAAAUAUAGCUAUUGUUAUCACUGACGGUCAGUCUAACGAUCCGUUGUCAACCGCUGCUCAAGCAAAAGCUUUAAGACAGGCUGGAACGAUAUUAUUUUCCAUUGGUGUUGGAUCUGGGGUCAAUACAAAGGAACUAAACAACAUGGCUAGUGACCCUGACAAGGAUCAUGUCUUUACUGUCUCAGACUUUUCGGCCUUUGGUAGCAUCCAAAAAGAACUGGCGAUAAAAGCAUGUGAAGCCCAAAAAUAUACUCCAUUGCCACCAACUAAAUCACCCGUUGUUUGCAAUCGCACGAUGGCUGAUAUAAUAUUUGCACUGGACACUUCGGCAAGUGUGGAUGAACAUAGCUACAAGUUAAUGCUGACUUUUGUUCAUCGUAUGGUACAAUCGUUCGACAUAGGUAAAGAUGAUGUCAGAGUAGGACUGGUCACUUUUUCUGAUAACUCUGUACUUGAGUUCCAUUUGAACAAAUAUUUCAACGCAUCAGAGUUGGACAAAGCUAUAUCGAACGUCAAGUACAAAGCUGGCUCUACGAAUACUGCAGACGCUCUCAGAUAUAUUAGAACAAUUAGUCUUUUACCGCAAAACGGUAAUCGACCAAACAUUCCCAAUAUCGUUAUCGUCGUCACGGAUGGCAAGUCAAACGUUCCGGCAUCAACAGCUGCUGAAGCUAUGAAACUGAAGAAGUUGGCUACUGUUUUCUCCAUUGGUAUUGGUUCCCAAGCACUCUAUCGAGAACUGAAAGAUAUUUCAACAGAUCCAGACGCCGAUCAUGUUUUCACUGUCAGCAACUUCAAAGCUUUGGAGAAAAUCAGGGCCGCGCUUGCUGUAAGAACUUGUGAAGUUGGUAAAAAUAAAACCGAACCAGAAAUCCGAAAAUGUCCUGCACAAGCUGAUAUCGUCUUCAUUUUGGAUAGUUCUGGCAGUGUGGGUAGAGCUAACUUCCAGAAAAUGCUCCGCUUUGUAGAGACUGUAUCGAAAAGCUUUAAUAUCGCCCCCGAUGAAGUACAGAUUGGUGUCGACACAUUUGACAGCGGAAGUCGAACUGAGUUCAAAAUGAAUCAACAUAAAGACCAACAGAGUUUAUUAAAGGCAGUCGGCAAGAUUCCAACUAGAAACGGUAUGACACAUAUGGGAGAAGCUCUAAAACGUCUUCGAGAAACUAGCAUGUCUAAGGCGGCUGGAAUGAGAUCAAAUGUAAGCCACAUAGCGAUUAUGAUCACUGAUGGUCGACCCAAUGGUAGACUGAAUGUGGUCCAAGAAGCGAAAAAAGUAAAGGAUUCUGGUACAAAACUAUUCACCAUUGGUAUUGGACCUAGUGUUGACUAUAACCAACUGAACGUCAUUGCUAGUAAGCCAACAAAACAGUUUGUCUUCAAAGCAGAUAACUUUGACUCACUCAAAUCUAUAGCGUCUAUGUUGUCACGCCAAUCAUGUAACGUUGCUCCAAAAGAGAAGAACGUUACCUGUACUUCGGCAGCCGACAUCGCUUUUGUUCUGGAUUCAUCUGGAAGUGUUGGCAAUCAUAAUUUCCACAUGAUGCUAACCUUUUUGAAUGAUAUAGUCGACCAAAUGGAAAUUGGACCGAAUAAUAUUCAGGUUGGAGUUUUGCGUUUCAACAGCCGAAAUUAUUUGGAAUUCAAUCUAAACAAACACAACAACAAGAAGAGUUUACAAAAUGCUAUUCAGAAUAUACACUACACUCCGGGUAAUACCGCAACUGGAUCUGCUAUCAGUUUCAUGCAUUACCACAUGUUCACACGAGCUAGUGGCUUCCGAAAAGGUGUACCAAAGAUUGCCAUCGUUAUCACCGAUGGUAUGUCCAAUAUAGGUUUGAACACAAAAGUAGAAGCAGAUGCUGCCAAAAAGGAGAAUAUCACGAUGUUUGCUAUUGGAAUUGGGGGAGCCGUAAACCAAAGAGAACUAAAGGAUAUUGCAUCAAAUCCUAAUCUUGUCUUCAGUACGAAAGAUUUCAAGAAUUUAAAUAAAAUAGUGGACGGUUUAGUGAAGACAACCUGUAAAGAAAUCCCAAUUGACAGCAAACCAUUUGUCUGCAAAGAUAAGCUUGCUUCAUGUGCCUCAUUCGGUAUGAAAAUAUGUGAUGGUUACCAGCGUUGGUCACGUGAUUUCUGUCCAAAAUAUUGCGGAGUGUGUUUUGAUCCGCCAAACUGUGUUGAUGAAGCUCCAUCUUGUGCAAAACUUGGAACGGAAAAUUGUGUAGAAUAUCCUGCUUGGUCACGUGAAAACUGUGCUCGUUUCUGUGGAUUUUGUGGUGCUGGUGGAAAUCGAACAAUUGGUGAUAGAGUGCACUUCUGCCUCUACAAAGGGAAGAGAUUUGCAACUGGGGAAACAUGGAAGGAUGGCUGCGAAUACGAAUGUUCAUGCCUCGAUGCAUUGAGAGGCAUAUUUUCAUGCUGGAGCCGAUGUCCUGUUUACUAUGAUAUUCCACCUCAAUGCACAAUGGUCAACGUUCCUGGAAGUUGUUGUAAAAAACCAAUUUGUGAUUUUGGCGGCAAGUCCACAACAUCGACUGGACAUCACAAAGGAAGUCGUUUCGGUGUCGAUGUAUGCGUUUACAAAGGAAAAGAAUACUACCAAGACCAAACAUGGUCCGAUGGCUGUCAGUCAGAAUGUAUAUGUAAAAAUGCCGGUUCCGGACUAUGGGUAUGCCAGUCAAAAUGCCCUCAGUAUAAAAGCCUUCCCAGCAUAUGUCAUUUGGAGAAAAAAGACGGUGAAUGCUGUGGUGAAGUGAAAUGUGAAUUCAUCGUUGAUUUUGGUAAAAUCAAAGGUGGCGGAAAGAUAGUUGAUAAAGUUGAUCCAGUCAUACCAUCUAAAUGUGUUGACAAAAUAAAUUGCCAAAAGUUUGGUGUAGCAAUUUGUACUGCGCCAGAUCUGCAAGAUUGGGUUCAGAAAAACUGUCCUAUGUAUUGUCAUAGUUGCCCAACUCCUUCAGUUCCACAGAAUGGAGCUUGCCUGGUUGGUUCAAAAGUAUAUAAACCCGGAGAAACGUGGCAGGAAUCUUGCUCAAUGACAUGCGUCUGUGAAGAUGGCUUGAGAGGAAUUGCCAGAUGUUAUGACAAGUGUGCCCAAUUUGCCAAUUUGCCUCCUAACUGUCAAAAAGUGAAUUUAGCAGGGGAAUGUUGUCCUAAAAUACAAUGCGAUCAAGGGACAAUUAUUGAUUCUGGUGGUUCGUCUAACAAGUCAACCGGUCACUCAAUCCAGGGUUGCAUGUACAAAGGACGUUAUUAUCCCAAAGACCAAGUGUGGAUUGAUGGAUGUGAUUACUCAUGCAAAUGUACUGACGCCACUCAAGGAAUAUACGAAUGCACCGAAAGAUGCCCGACCUUCGUAAACUUACCAUCAGAUUGCCAAAUGGUAGAUGUUCCCGGAGACACCUGUUGUCAAAUGCCAGUCUGCAAUACCACUCAUAUCCUUAUUCCAAAGUAUGGCAAGAAACAUAUUGGAGGUGGUAAAGUCACUACUCCAGCAAAAGAUGGUUGCAUCUUCGAUAGAAAGCAUUACAAAGAGGGUGAGAAAUGGAGAGAUGGAUGCAAAUAUUUCUGUGAGUGUUCCGAUGGAAAGAGAGGAAUAUAUAUUUGCAAAGAAAGGUGUACAAAUUUGGGAGUGAUACCAAGUCACUGUGCUGCAAUAAAUGAUCCUCAUGAUGACUGCUGCCGACAAAUGGUCUGCACAAACAUCACAGACAUAAUUUCACGAACAACACCAGCGGCUAUAGGGAAGUGUUACUACAAAGGCCAGUCGUAUACUAAAGGUCAGACUUGGGAAGAUGGAUGCAGUUUGAUAUGUACAUGUGAAGAUGACACUACCGGUUAUUACAGCUGUAUUGACAGGUGUCCCGGUUAUUCAAGUAUCCCUACAACUUGUAAACUAAAACCUGAUCCGAAAGAUCCUAAAUGCUGCAAAAUGCCUGAUUGUCAAUCUUCGAGUAAACUUGUUCCAUUACGAAGUCUCAGAAACGGGUUCGGCAGAUCGCCUCGUCCAGUACCUUCUCAACAAAAUGUUUGUUUGUUCAAUCAAACAAUCUACCAUCAAGGAGACAGUUGGAAUGUUGGUUGUGAAAUGGAAUGCGACUGUACAAAUGCUAAAAAACAGCAAUUUAAAUGUCAAUCGAGAUGUAACAAAUAUUUCUCCAUUCCUUCCAACUGUCAAAAGACAUAUGUCAACAACAGCUGUUGUCCACAAGUGCAGUGUUCAUCGAAUCCAGUUUGCAAGGAUCUUGUAAGUGUAUGCCAAAGUGCAGGAGCCCAGAUCUGUCAAGGACAAUUCAAAGACUUUGCCCUCAUCAAUUGUCGGAAGACUUGUGGAUACUGUGGUGGUAGUGGUGAUGGACCAAUGACAACAGCACUCCCCGCUAACUGCGUAGAUAUAGAUCCGAAAUGUGCCGAUUAUACAGGAUUUGAUGUAUGCAGCACUGUCUUGUUCAAAUUUGCAGUGGUCAACUGUCGAAGAUUCUGUCGGUAUUGUGACCGACCAAUACCGUAAAAGACCAAAGGAAACAAAGAACCAAAACACCAGAAGCAACCCAAAUAAAAACCUAAUUGAUGAUUUAAAACCUUAAUAAUAAUAAAAUUUAAUUUGAUGCAAAAAUG